AUGUUACUGUCACGCACUUUCAUCUCCUUCUUCAUAUUUGGUCUCAUAAAUAAUGUUCUCUACGUCGUCAUCCUCACAGCCGCCCACGACUUAGUUCCGCCAACAACUCCGAAAUCUCUUGUUUUGCUUGCUGAUAUUUUGCCGGCUUUCCUACUUAAGUUGUGCUUACCGCUAUUUGUCACUAAACUUGCUUCAACAAAUGGUGCUGUUGAUUCAAAGAGGCAAAGCGUCAGCUUGGGUAUAAACUAUCCUUUGAGAUUGGCUAUGAUUGUGCUACUUUCGAGUGUUGGUAUAAUAUUAACCUCCUUACCUGUUCCCCUAUUUAUUGUCCUUGGGGGAGUCGUACUAGCUUCGCUAUCUUCUGGAUUAGGAGAAACAACUUUCCUCCAAUUGAGUCACUAUUAUAGCACUAACGGCUCGACAAAGGCGCUAAAAUCAACGAAUGUCGCCAUCCACGGUUGGUCGAGUGGUACUGGUGGUGCAGGAUUGGUAGGAGCUGGGUUGGUUCUAGUUUUUACUACCAUUAUCAAGGUGCCGAUAGAUUGGGUACUAAGAUGUUGUGCAUUGAUGCCCUUUUUCCACCUAUGGGUUUUCUAUGGCUAUCUUCCUGCACCAACACUUAAUGUGUCUUCUUCGUGCUCGGUAAAUGAAGAUGUGGAAGACCUGAUAGAUGGCACCAAUGGUUAUAGCGAUCAUGCCCUAGUUGAAAAUCCUGCUUUGGUUGACAUCAAUUGCGAGGCUGGUGAAAAUCUCUCCAAUUCUAAAAAUGGGUUCUUUGCCAUACUGCUGCCAAAGAUAAGACAAUACUUUUUCAUAUAUAUGCUACCCUUAUCGGUGGUUUACUUUGCGGAGUAUGUCAUAAAUCAAGGUGUUGCUCCAACUAUGUUAUUCCCAUUGACUGAAACGCCAUUUACGACAUUCCGUGACUCGUAUGUCGCAUAUGGGACAAUCUACCAAGUCGGUGUUUUCAUCUCGAGAUCUUCAGGAUCUGUGAUUAGGUUGAAGAAUUUGUACUUGUUGGGAUUUUUACAGGUGAUAAAUCUUGCGGUCUGCAUUUUACAAAGUAUAUUCAUGUUUGUUCCUAACAUUUGGAUUGUUUUCAUUAUAAUCUUAUAUGAAGGUUUGUUAGGUGGUGCUGGAUAUGUAAAUACCUUUAUGAGUGUUUCUGAAGAGGUUGAAAGUCAUGAAAGAGAAUUUGCUCUCGGCUGUGUUGGUAUUAGUGACAGUUUCGGAAUAGUCAUGGCUGCAGGCAUCAGUCUCUGGCUAGAGCCUACAUUAUGCCACUUCCAGGUGGAUUCGGGUAGAGAUUGGUGUACUCUGAAAUAA